CAUUCGACUGUCGUUCUUGGCGUUUGGCCGUGCGGAAGGUGCAACAAUCUCGUCUCGACGUUUUCGUCCGUCGCUGGGUGCAAGUUUCGCUGUGUAUUUUGUGUGUUUCAAAUUCCGGAAAAUUGCUUUUCUUCGUGACCAAUUUACGGCUCACCGAAAAGAGUGAAUAUCGCUCUGAUUGCUUACAGUGAUUUCCAGUUCGAAAAAAUGAUUACAGUCGUGUAAUUACGGGAAGCAUUUUCUUCAAUUCGAAGAUCCGAACAAGGAAUAUUUUCCUUAAAAGUGAAAUUGCAUAAAAAUGCCUGGUGCUUGCUGAGUGUUUCAGUGGUUACAACUGGGCCGUGAAUCCGCACCGACCGGUGACCGUAAUAUAUGAAGCGUUUUCACGACGAAGAAGAGCAUCAAGAAAAAUAAUGGCCAGCGGUAGUGAAAUUUGGUGAUUGUGUAAACAGGUUGCCAGGGGGCGGAGAAUUACCUUGAAAGUGUGCCCCCCAUAAGACGGCGUUAAUCGGAAUUGCAGAUCAGAAUGUCCCAGCAGUAUCGGCAUCAUCAUCAGCAGCAGUACCAACAGCAACAAGAGUACCGCCGUAGAAAACAGCAGAUAUUAGUCACCUUCGAUCGCAGUUUGUUCCGAACCGAUCUCGAGCUGGUACCGCUUUAGUCUGCUUGUUCUUGAUCGUUGUUCGCGAGUUCAACGGGUGAUAAGGUGAAAACGCUACAUUCCCUACCACUCGCACCGAGGAAACGGACAUCUUUCUGCUCCAUCGAUACGAAAAACGGCUUGCAGAAAGCAACACUCCAAACAACUACUACUAACACUGUUUAGCCUCUAAGCGCAAAUAGCGGACGCGUUUUAAUCUCAAGCUUUACCUAGAUUCUAAGCUGAAAGUAUUGUUGACACCCAUCAACGCCAUGAGAACGAAACAUUUCCUGUUGCUACUUUUUGCGGUGAUAGGAACCAGCUUGCUGUUCAUACUGUUUGGUCCGGCUGGUCAGCAGAAUGAUUCGAUAAAGAAUAUCGUUUCCCAAACGCACGAACAACUGCGAAACUUGCAGAACAAUUUGCGAGAAGCUAAUGAGCAGCACCCAGAAAUGGACCCGAAAUACCUGGCUCAGCUGGGCUUCACACAUUCGCUGUACAAUGGAACGCGCUACAACUUCUCAGUCGUGACGUACACCCAAUCAGGCGAAGUGGCAUCGACGAUACUGUAUGCACAAAAUAUUGCCACCAAACUGCCCAGUGAACAGUUAUUAAUCUACGAUCUGGGUCUUUCCGAGAGCGAUCUACACACCUUGCAGGCAUUCUGCAACAGCUCACGAUGCAGUGUGAUAACCUACGAUCUGAGUUCGCUACCGUCGUAUGUUACGGACGAGAACAUGCAUGCUUUCCGGCCGAUCAUCAUCCACGAUGCGUUGGCACGGGCACGAACCGUGUUGUUCACUGAAAACAACGUUCGGUUACGGAACAGUGGCAAAGAGCUUGCUGAAAUACGGACCAAAACUGAAAACACCAGCGGAGUAAUGGGGUGGACCACCCAACAAGCGGUUACCAGCCGAACGCAUCCAAAAAUGUUCGACUAUUUCGACACUGACUCGGACAACUUCCAGUUCCUGCCCAUGGUUUCGCUGGAUUUUGUUUUCUUUGUCAGUACGCCGUCUGUGAACGAUAAGAUAAUGCUGCCCUGGGUAAGGUGCAUGCUAACGCCGGAAUGUUUGCAUCCUAUCGGUGCCCAAUCAGCUGGAUGCAAGUACAACAAGAAGCCUCAAUACCGGUACUCGGGCUGCCACGGCUACGAUACGUCUGCCUUCAACAUCAUCCUGGGGCUGACAUUCGGCUUCGACGAAGCCAAAUACUCAACCCACGAAGAGUCGUCCAGUGCGCUGUACUACAUAGAGAGCCUCGAGCAGGCAACGAAAAUUCUCGAGAACCGACGGAAAAACAUCAGCGACACAUCGGAGCAUCCGUUCACGGAGGAGUAAACGGUUGGUGGCGUCGGUUUUGGGGGACCAGGUUCGUAUUGGGUACAAUUUUGCUAAUAACCCUCUCAUUACCGGGCAUAGGUAAAUAGACAUCACAAAUUUGGAAGAACAAAUCAGGUGGCAGUAGAUUUCAAUUAAUAGAUCCAGGACGUUGUCGAAGCAUUACAAUUCUGUUGCAAAAGCAAAGUUCAACUCAUUUAGAAGAGUUAUUCGAAAGUUAAUAUUGAAUCAUCUGAAUCUUUGAAAACAAUGUAAACUGUUUUCAUUUAAUGCAAGUAUCAGUAUUUAUUCGUUAUCUAGAUUUAUAAAUACAAGCAUCAAAUUUACUUUUGCUUCUGUUAUCUCAUCUUUUGCUGCAAUUACGACUACUCAUCCUCUAUAUGCAAUUGGCUUCGCUACUGCAACAGUGUGUAACGCAACCUCAUCCCAUUAAAACUUUGUAUAACUCAACCUGUAGUAAUUUAUGGAUGGCAAAUUUGCACACUUAGACACGCGCAAAUUUUUCAAUAAGAGAUAAAGCCGACCUCGUGCUGAGGAUCAACCAAAGUUUAGUAGAUAACUUUGCUACACACUAGAUAGAAUGUAUAAAUAGCCAUCUUACUUAGGAGCGGAGUGCAAGCGGAUAAGUAUAUUAAGAUGAAAAAUCCUUUAGGGGGGCCUGUAGCAUAAUCACAAGGAACUACAAGGCUUUGCAACUUGUAACUUCCAUCUAAAUAAGUUUAGUCAAAAGUUCUUUUAAACUGCUUCAUGCUACAGGUUCCAGGAGUGUCAUUCGGACGACUCGGCGUGAUUAUCAAUCAUCGUUUUGAUUAGCUGCUCUAUGUAAAUAUUAGUCUUAAGUGAGAAAUGUUUAUAUUUUGUACGCCAAAAUUAUGUCCAAAAGUGAGUUUCGAUUCCGUCGCGAUUGUGUAUAGUCUGAUUGUUUUUAAAUUUAUUUUUGUACGAGCUAAGCUGUAAUCAAUUGCUGGUUGUAAACUUUUGUUUGUUUUGCAAUGAAUUACGAGACUGGUAAAUGUUGUGUAAUUGAUCGUAUAUUCGCAAAGUAAUCUCGUAAAUACAGAAAUUCAAGCGUAAUAUGUUGCAAUACGUAGUAAUACAUGCUAGACUAAGAAAUCAACAAUAAGCAUUUUUCUCUAAAAUUUCAUCGGUAGAGGCAAUAUUCUGAAAAGCGACGGGCAAGUGAGCGUGGGCGGACUCUUGCCGAUGAAGGAAAGAAAGCCGCUGCAACUGAGGACUUUCGUCUCUUUUACUGGUUCUAUAUGACACUAACCCGAAUGUCACUGCAUUGAAUAUCACUACCCCGAACGCCAGUACCCCGAAAGGUCACUACCCCGAAUAACCACUACCCAGAAAGGCCAUUACCACGAAAAUCAUAUAAAUUUAUUACGCAAUAAUAAUCCUAAUAUUUGAGCCGGAAGCGCUCGGGAUGAUGCGAAAGAGCGAAUGCCAGAGACCUUGCUAGAGACGGUUCGACGCAACGCAAACGAAUCCUAUGUGCGGAGCUCUUAAUGCGAAACAGCAAAUAUAGUAUAUUAACAAUAUAGUCCACUUCGUAAAUCCCCAUAUAUUAGGCAAGAGACAGCACAUUAACACCAUCUUGCGUCACAAAAGGUAACUAACGCCUGAAAACGAUAGCCAAGGGGUGCGUUAAUUGCAAAAAUUACACAAUUUUUGAAAAUUUGUAUUACAUUUUUCAAAAUUUUAUUUUUAAACUCAGAUAUUAUUUCGAAAUGUUAUGUUGCAUAUUGCAUUAUACGCUUUGGCACCCCUCGGAAUGGCUAUUCACUACAUUGCUUGCCUUUUGUGACACCGCGGCGCUACUGCGUUGUCUCUUCAAAUCAGCCAGAGUGGACUGUAUUGGUAAUAGAGUAUAUUUGGAAACAGUGAACACCUCCUCCUUUUAAAGCACGCAUUCGCCCGAACUAAUGCGAAAGAGUAAAUCCGCUUCUCCAGAAUAAUGCGAAAGAGUGAAUGUCUCCUUUUAAAACACGCAUUUGCCCGGAGAAUAAGUUAAAAAAGUAAAUCAUUUCUUUUAAAGCACGCAUUUGGCCGGGAUGAGGCGAAAAAGUAGAUGUUGUUGUAGAUGAAUUAAAUUACUCACGAACAAGUAGAUGAUUAAAAGACUCAUACUUUAAUUAUGUUAUUUUGUAAAUAUGUUAUUUUUGACGGAUUAGUUUCUAUUUUCAACCUAAUUAUUGAAACGCAAUCUAAUAGGCGAAUUUGAGUAAAGCUCUUCGAUCACUUCGACAUCUGGUGGUCAUCACAAGAACCACGAAAAAAGUGUCGUUAGCCAAAAACGUGCAUUGGCAGCAUACGGAGGCAUUGGAAGAAAAUUUUGUUUUCUUUGGGGUGAGCUUCCUUCCGGUGGGUGCUUGCAUAUGAAUUUUCCGAUUAAAUAGCACAUCUCUUGCAGUGCCUCCAUCGCACUAUCUUGGUGUUACGUCCUGGAGUUCGAGGUGGUCAAGACACAUGACGGGUAAUGAGACUCACAGGUGUAAUGAAUAAUAAAUUAAAACGUAGACUUUAUUUACACUAAAAUACUACAUGAUAAAGACACGACACGUUUACGGCAAGGCGGGUACAAAGCUUAUAGGAAAAACGAAUUACAAUUGUCUGCUUUUGUGCAUCAGGCGAAGGCAGAUUCAACGUCGAGUGAGCGAGCAGUGUGAAGAGAGGAUGCUGAAUUCAGUAAUUCUCAACACUUGGUUAUGAAUUCCCGCAUUUUUAAUUCGCGGCUCAUUUGGGUGGGAUUUGUCUUCAACAGCUACUUAAAGACUGUAAGAAGCCAUUGCCAGUGGAAAACAUGUGACCAUAUACUAAAAAGUGAAGUAAAUUUUAUGGAGAAAAUUUUAUUUUAAAUCUAUAAUUAAAUCGCUUCUGACCACUUUUCUCCCAAACUCUCGCAGCGCAUUCUACCACUUCUCGAAUUCGCCUAUAAAGUAAUAAAGUGAGCGAGAAAGUGAGUACAUGUUUCGCCUUUCUCGUACAACAAAGUUGUGCCAAAAUCGAACUUUUUAUAGAAGUCUCGGAGACCCAUGAUGUUAUAUACCAAUCGACUCAGCUCGUCGAGCUAAACAAAUGUCUGUCUGUCCGUGUGUAUGUGUGUGUGUGCACACGAAAACCGAAAAACAAUAGCCACUUUUUCAUAUAGUAAUUCUUAACCGAUUUUUUCGCAACAAGUUGCAUUCGACAGCGGCUGUUGAUCACUAUUGAAUUUGAUAACGAUCGACCAUUGCGUUUAAAAGUUAUUAAGAAAAUGGAAUCGAACUAUAUAAGCGCUAUAUAAGGUUUUUUUUAUCUAGUGUAUUUAUUUGACAGGCUCAGGCGGCCAUAUAAAGUUGGUGUCUUUGCUAAAUGCGAGAAAGGCAGUAUCACCACUCGGUGAAUUAUGUUGGGUUUUUUUAAUUUUUAAAGAAUUCGGGGUAAUGGUCAUUCGGGGAAGUGAUCAUUCGGGGUAAUGGGUUAUUCGGGGCAAUAACGGUUUGGGUUAGUGACAUUCGGGGCAGUGUCAUAGAAUCCUUUUACUAUAUUAUUACGACUGAGCGGGACAAAGAUAAUUGCGACAAUGUCUGUGAGAGACGGGACUAUUCAGCUAUUGACCGACCCAACUAACCAGCUUCAACGAUGGUUCGAGUACACCUUUUUUGAACAACUCUCGCGCUUAGUUUCAUAGGGGCGUAACUGCAUUGAUCGAUUUCUCUUAAACGAUUUUAUAUUUUGUUAAUAACUCAAUUGUUUCAAAAGCUACAACCGUGAUUAUUGAUUCUGGUGCAAGAUACAAUCAUCCUUUAUCACACUAAACCAUUAAAUCAUCGACAAACUAGCGCAAUUCGGUACAAUAAUAAAAAGAGAACAUCGACGAAGAGAAUUCGAUCUAUAGGGGAAGGUGGGUAGACUUGAUCCCCAGGGAGACUUGAUCAUCCCCUGUUUUAUCGAGGACUAAAGUAGUUUUAUUCUAGCGUAUUUUUUAGUAUAGAUCCUCUUAACAAAUGACCUUUAUGUGGUGAGUUAUUUUUUGGAUUGACAACCUUAUUUAUUCUGCAAGGCGGUUUGUAUGUUUUGACCUUCCUAAAGAUUUUUUUAUUGGCCAAGCAAAAUUCGAACAACUUUUCAUAAUAAUGACCAAAUGCUUUCGUUUUUUCACAGCACAAAGCCAUAAAUAUGCUUAAUGAUCUGUACUGAUGAAAAUGUCGACAUUCCAUCAAAGUUUUAGGAUAUUUGGGUUUAAAGUUAUUGUCUCAAUAUGGGGACACUUGAUCUCCCAUUAGUCAUCCAUACAAAAAUUUGGCGAAAAAAUUCAAAAAAAAUAUAAAUCUAUUCUCAGGCUUCUUAUUUUUUUGUAGAUUUGACAGAUUUGAUGAAGGGUUGUCAGGAAAAAUUAUUUAUUGCGUAGAUAUCAUAAAAAGGGGAUUAAGUCUCCCCAAAUUUUAAAAUUGCAUGUGCUGUCGGAUUCAAUAACAAAAAUCGUUCACGUGUACGCGUAUUUUGAAGGAAAAAUAUUUUUAAAAUCUGAGGGCACCUUUCUAACUUUAUCAAAGCAAGUUCUUGGAGAGGGAUAAAUUUCCCCCGAAUAUUAAGGGCCUGUUCAAAUAUUACGUAACGCGAAAAACGUUGUUUUUAAGAACCCCCCACCCCUUCGUAACAAUUCGUAACAAUUUUCAGAACCACCCCCACCCCUAUGCGUAACGCGUAACAAAUGAUAUUUUUAGAAAAAGAUCUUAGUUUUUGUAGAAUUUGAAGGACGGUGCAAUAAAUUAUUAUCUAUUGUAUAUUUCAUGCUUUUUUCUCGGCUUUUUUAAAAUAAUGAAUAUUUUUGGAAAAAAAUAAUAUUUUUUCUCUAUGCAAAUAACUUGUUACGCGUAACAAUAUUUCGAAGGACCCCCACCCCCUAAAUUUUACGUAACAAAGCGUAACAAAAAUCAAACAACCCCCCACCCCCUAUUGCGUUACGUAAUAUUUGAACAGACCCUUAUAAAAGUCGAUUAUUGACAGCACUCCAAAAAAUCGAUUGUGUAUCAAUAACAACAAUAAUUUAAGGACUGUCAUACAUCAGUAAAGUUAAAUACUAUAUUUCUUAGAGAGUCUGUGUGGAAAUCGCGUGUAUUGAUUUAUUUUUGGCUGUGAUACAUCGGAAAUCAGAAAAGGGGAUCAAGUCUACCAAGUCUCCCCUACAGGUACACCCCUAUGGAACUACGCGCGAGAACUUUUCUAAGUGCCAACUAGAGCACUACCACCUCGGCAUAAUUCGGCUAGAGUCAAGGGUCAAUACUGAACUAGAAUGCUAGACAUUCAAACUGCCAUCCAAAGCAACGACAGGUAUGGUAACGAUUUUUUAUGGCAAUCUUUACCGUACCGUGGAGGCACCAUAUUUGAUGCAGUUAAGAAAAUUUUAAAAAGAAUCAUUAUUUAAAAAAUAAUUCCAAUAUGGAUUCGCUUAAUAUUCUGCAUAACAAGCUUACUACUAUUAUAGAAUGUGCAGAAAUAAUGAAACUUCGAAAUAUAAGUUUAUUUCUUAGUUUUUUAAUCUGUUUUUAUGUAGUACUUGAGGUGCCCAACUUGACGCGUUGAUAUAUUUUUGGCGAAAAUAGGUUUUCUACAUCAUUUGAUUUGAGAGUGCGCCAAGUUUGGACCUGCGUCAAAUAUGGUGCUUCCACGGUAGUAUUCUAUGUUUACUCGAGAAUUUAGGGUGUAGCUUGUCGAAACAGAGUAUUCCGGUAAAGUUGUCGUUUUUAAGGAGUGUGCCGAAGCGCAACAGCCUGUCGUUUCCAUACACGCUAACUUUCGCUUACUCAGUAACUGCUUAAAAUUGUAUUGCCCUCUCUUUCUUUCCCACGGAAAGUUUUACUUAAUUUCUAUCAAACGCAGGACUACUCAGAACUAUGAGUAAUCGUGCCUUUGACGGAAAUUAAGCAAAAUUCCCGUGAGAAGAAAAGGGACGACAAAACAAUUUUACUCAGUCACUAAGUAGAUGAAAGUUAGAGUGUACAGUUCUCGAUUCCGAAAAUAUUUCAUUGAACAUACCGGAGUGUGAUUUGAAAAUCUACUAUUGUGAUGCAUAUGAUAAGAUAACGGGUUAGAAUAACCUAGCAUCAAACAUGAGGCCAAGAAUAAAAGUGAAACGACGCAACCAUACAUAUAGGAAGUUGGAAAGAUUUGUAUUGCAGUGAUUAUAGAGAUCGAAAAUUAGUAAAGUUUAUGAACUAUCUUCGACGUAGAGCUACAUCUAGAAUUUUGUCAAUUUACACACAUAAAUGGAACGUUAUAAAUUUGCGAGAAGUUCGAGACAGUAGAGCAAAAAGGUUUUCUAAGAAUUGGAACCAAACAAAAUCUGCUACUCAUGGGAAAAGCAAACUAACUAGUAGCGAUUAAAGCAACUUAUCUAAAAACAAGCAUUAAUAGACCGAAAAGAACAGCGAUAAAAUUCAAAUUUAUUGAAUAUAGCUGCAAAAAAACAGUUGCCAAUAGGAAUAUCAUUAGGAUAGCCCAAAGCGUAGACAGAUAAUUUCUAACAGCUAAUUUGCAAUCGCCUUAGAGUAAUCUGGGACGUUUCGAUGUAGUAUAUUUACUUUUGAACAAUUUUUUAUGCUACCUUUUUUCCCAAAACAUAACUUUAAACUUCUCCUCAUUCUUGCUCCAUAAGUUUACUACGUUCGUAACAUACAACACCGCAGAACGACAAUCGAGUUUAUCUAAUGUGUAAUACAACUCCAAUUUUUUUUCUCCCAAACACAUCGAAAUGUUCCAAUGAUUAGCUCAAAGAUGAUAAGCAUUAAUUGUCAAAACAUGCGUAGUUUAAUCUCUUUUACAUAUCCCCCGAACAAAUUACUACCGUAUAGAAGUAUGUUGUAUAAUCAUCAACAGUAAAGUCGCAAGUAUUAUCCGAAUGUUCAGCAAAACUCAAUUUUAAAAUGAAUCCCGAUUAAUAAAAAGCAUUGAUAUAGCAUUAUAAUAUAAAUGCAACAAAAGAAAACAAAACAUAAAUAAACAAAAUUAAAGAACAACUUAUUUCAUUUCAGUAGCAGGAUUCAUCUAUAGGAAUGCGUAAACCAUUACCCAAGUCAACAAAGUAUAUAUCGAAUCUCUAAUAUCACAGACUACGUACACAACUAAUCAAAGCGAAUCAAACAAACGCCAUCCUUUGAUGAUUGUAGGUUUCAUUUCCUUCUCUUGCAAUGCUUCGAACUAUUUGCCGAAACGAAAAAAGCUUCUGAAGAUUUUUGCAUCGCUUAAUGGAAACCUUAUUGAAAACGCCAAUUUUUUUUAUAUAAAAAGUUUAAACAAAAACUGCAAACGACCAGAACAAAACGGAUUUAUGAAACCCUUUACUAAAAGCGAAGCCUUCUAAUGUGUCAUUUUAAGCAUGCUGCAUAAAGAUAUAAUCGAAUUGUGGAAUAUUAACAGAACGUACACCACAUGAGACAUCUUCCGAAACAAAAGGACAUUAUCAUCAACUCAUAUUUGUUUUUUGUUUUGUAUUGAAGUGAUAGAAAUUUGUUCCACAUUCAGCCUGGACUGGACUGUCUGAUUCCAACCAAAAAAAAUCAAUAUAUUAGACGUUUUAUUCCUCGGUAGCUUUUAAAAAAGUUAGAGAAGCAAAAAUAUUUUGUUUGUAGAUUACAUUAGUGAUAUGAUAAGAAGAAUAUGCAAAACUUUGCAAAACAUUAUACAUAGAACAUGUUAGUCGUGAUACAAACAGGAAAUAAUAUAAACACUUAAAACGAAAUAAAAAGAAUCAAACGAGCAAAAACUUCUUAGAAUUAACGAUACUUACGAUAAGCCGCUAAGUUUAAUUCGUGCUGUUUUAAGCAUAUGGAAAUUGAAUGGUAACACUAUUUGAUAAAAGUCAACAUUUAAAAUAAAACUAUUUGAAAUUAUAGAAA